AUGGCCUGGAUCGGUAAUAUCUCCUGGUUCAAUCACCUUGCUCUACACGAAGAACGUUUCAGGAGUUACUUAAACAGCACUGAGGAUUACUUGGCCUUCCUGUGUGGGCCCAGGAGGAGUCAUCUCUUCUUGCCCAUGGCUUUGGUGUACACCCUGAUCUUCAUCGUCGGGGUGGUAGGCAACUUCUUGGUUUGCCUGGUAAUCCUCAAGCACCAGAACAUGAAGACCCCAACCAAUUACUACCUCUUCAGUCUCGCUGUCUCAGACCUGCUGGUGCUGCUUUUUGGGAUGCCUCUGGAAGUGUACGAGAUGUGGAGCAACUACCCCUUCUUGUUUGGGCCCGUGGGCUGCUACCUGAAGACAGGGCUUUUCGAGACAGUCUGCUUUGCCUCCAUCCUCAACGUCACCACGGUCAGCGUGGAGAGAUACAUUGCCAUCCUCCAUCCGUUCCGUGCCAAGCUGGAAAGCACUCGCAGGCGUGCCCUGAGGACCAUCCUGGUGCUCUGGGUCCUCUCUGUCCUCUUUGCCCUCCCCAACACGGGCACCCAUGGCAUCGUGUCGCAGCAUUUCCCCAAUGGCACUCUGGUCCCUGGCUCUGCUACCUGCACUGUAGUCAUGCCCAUGUGGAUCUACAACUGUAUUGUCCAGAUUACUUCUUUUCUCUUCUAUGUGCUGCCUAUGGGGGUGAUAAGUGUGCUGUACUAUCUGAUGGGGCUAAGACUGAGAGGAGACAGAUCUUUGGAAGUGGAGGAAAUGACUGUGAACGUUCAGAGACCAUCCAGGAAAUCAGUCACCAAGAUGCUGUUUGUCCUUGUGAUGGUUUUUGCUAUCUGCUGGGCUCCAUUCCAUGUAGAUCGACUUUUCUUCAGCUUUGUUGUGGAAUGGACUGAGCCCCUGGCUAAUAUAUUCAACUUAAUUCAUGUAGUGUCAGGUGUUUUCUUCUAUCUGAGCUCUGCUGUCAAUCCCAUCAUUUACAAUCUCUUGUCCCAGCGCUUCAGGAUGGCUUUCCUCAGCGUGAUCUCCCCUUGCUGCAAGCACUGGGCCUCCAAACAUCCCAGUAUCAGGACCCCUGCCCAGCAGAGCAUCAUUUUGAUUGAGGACCACAAUCUCAUCGACUCUGCUGAAGACACAAGUCUGCCUGGCACCCACAGGACAUCAGUCAGCAGUUCUCAGCUCUCUACUGGCCUGUGA